AUUUAAAACUCAUGUUAAAAACAUUCUUUUAUAUUCGAAUCAAUUCUAUUGGUAAACCUCCUUCUUCUAUUGUUAACAUUUUUUCAAGGUGUUUGACUACAAAUAAGCAAACCGAACAUAUACCCGCAACCAGCAAAAACCCUAUAUUUCCUCGACGUGGUACUCGUAGUCCCGAACAAAUCUCUUCUCGACGACUCUGGACAGAAGAAGAUACAAAAUUACUUCAACAACUUUUAGAUAUACAUGGACCCAAAUACACCGAGAUUGCUAAACAUUUUCCCCAUCGUAGUACUUCGACCAUCUUUAAUCGCUGCAAGUUACUCUUUGACGAAACGUACAAGACUGGACCCUGGACCAAAGAAGAAUUGGAUGCACUACGAAAACUAUCCGAGGAAGCAAAGACAAACAAUGGUGAUAUUGAUUGGCGGUUUAUCCAACUGAAGCUACCUUAUUAUCGAUCUCUUUCACAUAUCAAACAUACAUGGUAUUUUAGUAUCAAUCCAGAUUUGAAUCAUGGACGAUGGACAACUGAGGAAACCGACCGACUCAUGAAACUGAUUGCCACUUAUGGUAUUAGUGACUGGGACAAGAUAGCUGAACGCUUGGGCACUCGCUCUUCUCGACAAUGCUUGGAAAAAUACAGACAUCAAAUUGGGCCGGUGACCAAAGGAAGAUUUACCCCUCAAGAGGAUAUGGCUAUCAUGAAGGCAGUGGAAAAAUUGGGGGAUGGUGAUUUUAUCGCCAUCAAAGCAGAAAUCAAUAGCACUCGCACACCUCGUAAUCUGUCACAACGGUAUCGAUAUGCCUUGGAUCCCGCCUAUGAUCGAUCACCUUGGUCUGAAGAAGAAGAACGUCAGGUUUAUGAACUCGCCAACAAGUUCAAUAGUAUGAUGAAGGUCAAGGAAGUCAUGAACAGCAAGCGUCACGUCAAGGAUAUGUGGAACAAGUAUAAAAAACUCGAUAGAAUAUAUCAAAGGGAACAACGACAAAAGCAACGCGAACAGGGAAAUACCAAGUAGAUAGUUAUAGAUAGUAUACAAAGUUUUUAUUAUCAUGAUGAUUUGUCAAUAAAAGGAAAAAUUAGUGAAAAUAUA